CGUGUGUGUGUGUGUGUGUGUGUGGGAAGAGGGGGUGGGGUACACUGAUGUAACCAUGAGAACACACUGACCGCUGGGAGAGGAGUCCAGACGACCCCACGGGCUGCUGCACAUGGUAGGAUGUAGAGCACUAGAUCCAGAUGGAUCAGGCUGUCUUUGUGAGAGAGAGAGAGAGAGAGAGAGAUAUCAGCACCCAGGCGUCUGAUUCUUCGAGAAGCCGGUUCUUCCUGCUUUCACGCACCUUUAUUCCUUUUCCUCUGAUGUAGCAUCUCUGAAACGGCAGCAACGAUUCCUAGUUUACGACCUUUUUCACUUGAAGAUGCCCCGCCGCCUCUCCAACAUGUCACUCCUCACCCAUGUGUUGGCCUGCCUCUUUGGCAUGGGCUCGUGGGUAGCCAUCAAUGGCAUGUGGGUAGAGCUUCCACUUAUCGUCCCAGAGAUCCCUGAAGGCUGGUACCUUCCUUCCUACCUGACCAUCCUCAUCCAGAUGGCCAACAUCGGCCCCCUACUCGUCACGCUGCUGCAUCGCUUCCGGCCUGGAGCGCUCAAUGAACCUGCCGUCAUCUAUGCCAUCGUGAGCAUGGGCUGCGUGGCCUGCCUCCUGCUGGCCUUUCUGUGGAAGCGCACCGUGGAGAUCGCAGGCUCUGCCCACAGUGUGCCGCUACUGGUGCUCACCUUCUUUCUGUCGGUGGUGGACUGCACCUCGUCUGUUACCUUCCUGCCCUUCAUGAUGUGCCUUCAACCACAGUAUCUCACCACAUACUUCAUCGGUGAGGGCUUGAGUGGGCUGGUGCCAGCACUGGCGGCACUGGUCCAGGGUGUGGGCGUGGUCCACUGCAGGAACUCCUCUCACAUCUCCAAUGGGACUCUGGUGAAUGGCUCAGGAGCAGCUUCCGAGCUGGAGGCCCACUACCAGCCCGCUAACUUCUCAGCCGAAGCCUUCUUCAUCUUCCUCAGUGCCAUGAUGGCCGUGUGCUUGUUCGCCUUCCUUCUCCUCAACCGGCACCCGGGCGUGAGGCGGGAGCACGAAGAAGGUCGCUACCUCAGCGCGGGAGCUGGUGUUGGCAAGGAAGAGCAGGGCCUCCGGCUCCGCAGCCAGCAGGAGGAAAAGCCCAUGAUCGCUCCUGUGGACCACCACCAGAAGGAGUGCAGGAGUUCCUUUGGGACUGGAACCUACAGUGGACUGCAGGUGGUCUUUAUCUUUGUGGUCCUGGCCUGGGUCAAUGCUCUUACCAACGCGGUCCUGCCAUCGGUCCAGUCCUACUCCUGCCUCCCCUACGGCAACAAGGCUUACCAUCUGGCCGCUACCAUGGCGGCCUUAGCCAACCCUCUGGCGUGCUUCAUCGCCAUGUUCGUGCCCAUAAGGUCCUUGUUGCUGAUGACAUUUCUCACGGUGUCUGGCACGGGCAUUGGCGCGUUCAUCAUGGCCAUGGCGAGCUUGAGCCCUUGUCCACUUCUGGUCAACCGCACCUCAGGAACGGUGCUCAUUGUUGUAGCAUGGAUCCUCUUUGUCCUGACCCUGUCCUACGUCAAAGUGAUCAUCGGGGUAAUCUUGCGGGAUGAAGGACACAGUGCCCUCGUGUGGUGUGGCGCAGUAGUGCAACUGGGCUCCAUGCUCGGGGCCCUGACCAUGUUCCCUCUUGUUAGCGUGUACAGUCUUUUUAAAUCUGGGGACCCUUGCAACACGAAAUGUCCACUCUGAAGGCACAGCGCUGGUCCUUUGCCCCGUUCCAGUUUGAUCUGUAGGGCACACCUGCCGUUUACUCCCCCUGACCAAGUAGUUUACUGAACUCUCUAAAGACAGUAUUCUGGGUGAAUGCCCUGGGGACCCAAAGAGCUCUAUUGUAGGGGCUGUAUUUUGUUUUGCAAAGAAAGGCUCCGGAUCACUGUGACCCUGCUGUAGGACAGGUUGCUCACAGUGAGUGAGAGGGAGUGAGAAUUUAUUUUUUAAACUUCUUUUUGAGCAGUGUGAGAUCCUCCUUGUCAUUUCCAUGAUUUUAGAGUCUUUCAGCUUGACCAGUGCAUUUGUUAUUUAUAUGUAUUUUCUUUAAAAAGCAAGACGCAUUAUUCUAUCUGCCAAAUAAUGUACUAAGUUUG